AUGACUUCUGCUCCCUAUUACACUUUUGAGUGGCCAAACAACAACAAUUCUCAAGUUUACGUUACUGGCACCUUUGACAGCUGGUCAGCUAAUACUUAUCUACUAAAUUUGGACCACAAUUCAAAUGUUUUUAAGGCAAAGAUCAAAUUUCUUCCCAGCACUAACGACAAAAUCUAUUUCAAAUUCAUCGUUGAUGGUAAUUGGUUAGUCAACCAAGAUUUUAAAAUCGAAUCCGACUCAAAUGGGUUUCAAAACAACAUCCUUUAUCCAAAUGAUUUGAUCUACGAAUCGGAUAUUACCAAUGAGACUAGUGACAGCAGCGAUAACAAUAGCGAUAUUGAAACUAUAAAGGAAAUCGAAAAAACUGAUAAACUUUCAAAUUCAAAUUUAGAAAUCGCUAAAUCUGACUCACUAAUCAAAAAAAAUGACAGUUUCGAUAACUUGAAAGAAAAAAUCAAAAACGAAAUCCAAAAAGUUGAAAAUGAAUCACAAAUUAAUUCCAAAUCUAAAUCUAAAUUUAAUACUGAUAUCGAUACUGAUAUUGUUACUGACACUAAUAUUGAUACUGAUAUUAAAUCAAAUGAUGCUAAAAUUGAUCUAAAACCUGAUCCUCAAUUAGAUACCAAUUUAGUCACCCUUAAAAAUUUAGACGCUCCAAUCAAUUCCCCCGAAUCUCAAAUUGAAUCUCAAAUUGAAUCUCAAACUGAAUCUCCACAAGUCUCACUAAAUAAUUCUUUAAAUGAAUUAUCUAAUGAUUUAAAUGGCUUGCCAAUAGAAUCUCACAAAGAAGCUAUUGUUGUUAAAGAAUCAAUUGAUAAACCAAUUGAAAAAACAACUGAAAUCCCAUUUGAAGAACCAGCUCAAAAAUCUACUGCAAAACCAAUUGAAGAGCCAAUUGAAAAGUCAAUUGAAAAACCAACCGAGAUCCCAACUGAAAUCCCAGAAAAAGUAUCUAAAUCACCUGAAGAAUCUUUAAAAGAACCUAUUGAGGCUACAGAAAAGUUUUCUUUUGAAGAUCCAAACAUCAGUGAAAUUAAACAAUCAAAUGACUCAAUUAAAAACGAUUAUAAUAAUGAAGAACUUGAAACAGCUUGUAACAGUUCAGUUAUUAGCGCCAACAAUGCUACUAUUAGCCAUUUGAAAACUAAGGAUUCAACUUUGAAUUUGGGUUUAGAUCUGAAUUCAAAUGAAAAAUCUCCUGAAGAACUGGUUACAGAAUCUGCAUUGAUUGACUAUAUUCAUGAAAAAUUGGUUAAUAAAAAACAAAACCAAAAUGGAAACCAAAACGGAAAUCAAAAUGAAAUUGAUAAUAAAACUGAUAAUAUGGAAAAAUCAAUUCUUGAUUCUAUUGAUUUAAAUACAAAUACAACCCAUUCUACUAAUAAUGAUGACGAGCAUUCAAUUUUAAGCUCUCCAAGUUUUAUUCCAAAUCAAAAAUUUUCUCCAUUUAUUCGUCCAACAAAAUCCAAUGAUACAAACAGUUUCCCCAAAUCUCCAAAAUCAUCUCAAUUAUCAAGUAAUCAACAAAAUUUACCAUUAACUGUUAAAAACGUCAAUAAAAAUCAAAACAUUUCAGGAAUUAAAUCGGAUGACGAAAGUAGUGCUUUUACAAAUAUUUCAUUACCUGAUAAUGUUAAUGGAGAAGUUAAGGAAUCAGAAAAUGGACUAAAUCAAAUAAUUGGCAUUCCUCAAGAUAAUUCAAUUGUUAUGAAGAGUUUACAUUUAGAUGAUUUAGAUUCUACUUCUAGCUUUAAAAGUAUCAGUGAUGAUAGCGAUGACGAUGCCAUCUUUCAAAGCACUCAUGAAGGAUUUGAUAACCACCAAAACCACAAUACUAUUAAUAGCAAUAGUCUCAACACUGGUAAUAUCCAUGAUGCCUCAAAAACUAAUAUUUCAUCCAGCACUCACACCCUUACUGGCCCAUCACCUCAAUCUCAAGCACCAAACUUAAGUUGCGUUACCAACAGAGGUAAGAGUAAUGCUUCGAUUUUUUCUAGAUUCAGAAGAUUAUUUAAAUGA